AUGAAAUCUGUUGUUUUUCUCCAUUAUUUCCUGGGUUUCAUCCUCCUUGUUUCUCAUCUGAACUCUGUGUCUUCAUGGAAAAAAGAAGAAUUCAGAAACUGUAAUCAAACCCCUUUCUGCAAAAGAGCCAGAUCAAGAAAACCCCAACACUGUAAGCUCAUUGCCACCGAUGUAAUCAUCGGCGAUGGAGAUCUCACUGCGAAACUUAUCACUCCCAAAGAAUUUCAAGAAAACCCAGAUGAGGAUUCAUCAGGAAUCGCAUCAAACCCACUGAUCCUUUCUUUAUCUGUUUACGAGAAUGGGAUUUUGCGGAUGAAGAUUGAUGAAGAUGCAUCUCGGAAUCCACCUAAAAAACGGUUUGAGGUUCCUGAUGUUAUUCUCCCUGAGUUUGAAAGCAAGAAGCUUUGGUUGCAGAGGUAUACUAAACAGGUAAUUGAUGGGGAUUCUGCAGAUUCUUUUGUUGUUUAUUUGUUUGAUGGAUAUGAAGCUGUUCUUAGAAGUGAUCCAUUAGAGGUUUUUGUUAGAGAACAAAGUAGUGGUAAGCGUGUAUUAUCAUUUAACUCUCAUGGGUUGUUUGAUUUUGAACAAUUGAGGGUUAAAAAGGAAGGGGAUGAUUGGGAGGAAAGAUUUAGGAGUCAUACUGAUUCUAGGCCAUAUGGUCCCCAAUCGAUUAGUUUCGAUAUGUCAUUCUAUGGUGCUGAUUUUGUUUAUGGUAUACCUGAACAUGCCACUAGUCUUUCUUUGAAACCCACCAAGGGACCUGGGAUUGAAGAAUCUGAGCCUUAUAGGUUGUUUAAUUUAGAUGUUUUUGAGUAUCUACACGAGUCGCCAUUUGGGCUUUAUGGUUCGAUACCCUUUAUGCUUUCCCACGGGAGAACACGUGGGACUUCAGGGUUUUUCUGGUUGAAUGCUGCCGAGAUGCAGAUUGAUGUCCUCGGAUCAGGUUGGGAUGCUGAAUCUUCCAUCAUGUUGCCUUCGGAUCAAAACAGGAUUGAUACAUUGUGGAUGAGUGAAGCUGGAAUCGUUGAUACAUUCUUCUUCAUUGGCCCUAAGCCAAAAGAUGUUGUUAAGCAGUAUGCUAGUGUGACUGGAACAUCGGCAAUGCCUCAAUUGUUUGCAACUGGGUAUCAUCAAUGUCGAUGGAAUUAUAGGGAUGAAGAGGAUGUUAAGAAUGUGGAUUCAAAAUUUGACGAAUACGAUAUUCCUUAUGAUGUUUUAUGGCUUGAUAUUGAGCACACGGAUGGCAAAAGAUACUUCACGUGGGAUAAGGCUCUUUUUCCAAACCCUGAAGAGAUGCAAAAGGAUCUGGCUUCAAGGGGUAGGAGAAUGGUUACUAUUGUGGAUCCACAUAUAAAGAGAGAUGAAAAUUAUCAUAUACACAAAGAGGCUUCGAAGAAUGGGUAUUAUGUGAAGGAUGCAAGUGGUAAGGAUUAUGAUGGAUGGUGUUGGCCUGGAUCCUCUUCGUAUAUAGAUAUGGUUAAUCCGGAUAUAAGAUCGUGGUGGGCUGACAAGUUUGCUUACACGCAGUAUGUUGGUUCAACUCCAUCCUUGUAUAUUUGGAAUGACAUGAACGAGCCUUCCGUAUUCAACGGCCCAGAGGUGACCAUGCCUCGAGAUGCUUUACAUUAUGGAAAUAUUGAGCACCGAGAGUUGCAUAACGCCUAUGGUUACUACUUCCAUAUGGCUACAUCCGAUGGACUUUUGAAACGUGAAGGAGGAAAUGAUCGGCCUUUUGUUUUAUCGAGAGCGUUUUUUCCUGGGACGCAGAGGUACGGGACGGUUUGGACCGGAGACAACACAGCAACGUGGGAGCAGCUUAGGGUUUCGGUUCCAAUGAUUUUGACACUUGGCCUUACCGGGAUAACGUUCUCUGGUGCCGAUGUUGGUGGGUUCUUUGGUAAUCCCGACAGCGAGUUGCUUGUUCGUUGGUACCAAGUUGCUGCUUAUAUGCCGUUCUUUAGGGGCCAUGCCCAUCAUGAUACGAAAAGACGAGAACCUUGGCUAUUUGGGGAACACAAUACCAAGUUGAUGAGGGAUGCCAUACGUGUACGAUACACAUUGCUUCCAUAUUUCUACACGCUAUUUAGAGAGGCAAACGUGAGCGGAGUCCCGGUUACUCGUCCUAUGUGGAUGGAAUUUCCCGAUGAUGAAGCCACUUUCAACAACGAUGAGGCUUUCAUGGUCGGAAAUGGCCUUCUAGUCCAAGGAGUGUAUACCGAGCAUGCAAAAGAUGUAACGGUUUAUCUUCCAAAGGAUCACACUUGGUAUGAUCUUAGAAGUGGUACCGCAUAUAAAGGAGGCAAAACCCAAAAGAUUGAGGCAGCGGAUGCAAUCCCGGUUUUUCAAAGGUCGGGAACGAUAAUUCCCAGGAAAGAUCGGUUCCGUAGAAGCACCGUACAAAUGGAGAACGAUCCAUACACUUUGGUGAUUGCGGUCGAUAGUUCGGGAGAGGCGGAAGGCGAACUUUAUAUCGAUGAUGGCAAGAGCUAUGAGUUCAACAAGGGCGCAUAUAUUCAUCGGCGUUUCGUAUUUUCCAACGGAACGCUUACGUCCGUAAACUUAGCCGCUGGAACCCAAUUCUUGUCCGACUGCACCAUUGAGAGGAUCAUAUUGCUAGGACACUUGUCCAAACCGAAAAGUGCACGGAUCGAGCCAUCAAACCAUGCUGCUGAAGUUGAGCUCGGUCCUCUCCAGAUUCAGUCGAAGAUUAGAUCGUCGGUUUUGACCAUCCGUAAGCCUAAUGUUCGGGUUUCCGAUGAUUGGACCAUAAAACUUUUGUAGGCUGUUAUGAUUGAUUAUUUCCGUGGCCGCCGUGAAGUUUGUAGCAAGUGGUUGAUUAAAUGAGUAACUUGUAACAGCUAGCUUAUUGCUCAUGUGGUCGACUCUCUUUUAGUAACACCUUAACCUUUUCUUUAUUCUGCGUUGCAUUUUCUAUAAGAAUGGUAAACGACUUACAUUUUGGGA